GCGCAGUCACACAUUUCUCAGUAACUUCGACCAACUCUACUGCGUGGUGUGUUCAUGGUUGUAUUUCACCAACGGGGCUAAUCCGAAUUGCCGAACUGGACGCGCCUUUGGGUUGAUUUUUCAUCUUAUACAGAUCUUGUUGAUUGGAGUUUGUAGAUCUGAGGUUUCUCGAUUGAAUCUGGGUUUUAUCUAUCUCGCGAUGAACACGGCUUAUCCUCUGCCCGUCACCGCAGCCCAGGUGGGUACAUACUUUGUUGGACAAUACUAUCAGAUGUUACAGAAUCAGCCAGAUUUUGUGCAUCAGUUUUACAGUGAUUCCAGCACCAUGCUUCGAAUUGAAGGAAACACACGAGAAACUGCUAGUGCUAUGCUGCAAAUUCAUCAACUUGUCAUGUCUUUGAAUUAUACGGGGAUAGAAAUCAAGACUGCACAUUCUUUAGAAUCAUGGAAUGGUGGUGUUCUAGUGAUGGUUUUGGGUUCUGUUCAUUUAAAGGGUUACAAUGCGAGGAAGAAGUUUGUGGAAACCUUUUUCCUAGCACCUCAAGAGAAAGGAUAUUUUGUUUUGAAUGAUAUUUUCCACUACGUUGAUGAAGAACUAGCUCUGCAGCAUCCGCUUGCCUAUUUACCUCAAGGCAAUCUUGAUCAGAAGAUCUAUUCUCCAACUAUAGUUACAGACCAAGUAUCAAAUUAUGUGAUGGGUGGAGAUAUCCAGUCUAGGGAGUUCACAUCGCCUGCAAAGAUUGAAGAGAACGGCCCUAUGAACAGCUAUACCUAUCAAGAGGAACAUAUACAGCAAGUUCCCGAAACAGAAAAGAUCAUUGAGGAGAACUUUGCAGUUCACUCUAAUGGUUCAAUUCAGGGAACGAUGAACUCUGUGCCUGGCCAUUUCUCGCCACCUGUUGAUGAGCCUGCCAUGGAGCCACAAAAGCAUACAUAUGCUUCUAUAUUACAGGUUAAGGGGCAGUCUGCUCCUGCAGUGACUUCUCAACCUUCAUCUAAUAAGCCUACUACUCCAGAUUGGCAACAUGGGUCUGAAAUCCCUAGCCAGCCAUCAGCUGUAUCAUCAAACCAAAUCAAAAAGUCUGGAACUGAAACCUUUGAUGAAACAAUAGCUAUGGAAGAUGAAGUUGAAGUGAAGUCAGUGUAUGUAAGAAAUGUGCCUACCACAAUGUCUGCUUCUGAAAUUGGCGAGGAAUUUAAGAAGUUUGGAAAGCUGAGACCAGAUGGUGUAGCCAUUAGAACCCGAAAGGAUAUAGAUGUAUGCUAUGCCUUUGUUGAAUUCGAAGAUAGAUCCGGGGUGCAGAAUGCAAUUAAGGCAUCCUUGGUUAAUAUUGGUGGGUACGAACUGUACAUCGAAGGACGGAGACCUAACAGAAACAACUCCAUCAGAGGCGGAAGAGUAAGGGGUAGAGGCAGGAUUAGCUACCAGAUAGAAGGAACGAGAGGGCGGUUUGGAGGACGUGGUUUCAGCAGCAAGGAAAGCAAUCAAGACGGGUUUGAGCGUCCUUACAGCAGACCGAGGAGGAACGGUUUCUAUAAGCAAGAAAGGCCCCAUACCACAAGCCAGCACGGAUCGUCUAACGGGCAGCACUAUUCAGAAUGAGUUGCCAUUUUGCAGCUGAGGGAUUUCUGUCUUUGGACAAGUAAUUUUUGAGUAUUACAUUUACUGUCAUAGUUUUUCCCUUUUCCUUUUUAAUUUACAUCAUUUAAGAAAGCAAAUUAAUUAGAUAUGCUGGAAAAGGAUCGUCGUCAUCAUAUAUGCUCAGUCGAGGCUAUCCAUUUGUCAUUAUUUAUUAAUAUUAUUUUUUUUCCGGGUUACUAAUGAAUUAACUAUUUAAGAAUAA